AUGGUGAAAAAAGUGAUCAAAAAGAAGUCGGUCGUCGUCAAACAGGCUCCGCCCCCAGAAGACGUCGAACUUCCGAUGGCCAACCAGAAUGACGUGGAUGACGUGGCAGAAGACUAUCAAGUCGUUGAUAUGUCUAAUAUCGAGGCGCCAGUCAUCGAAUUUGUAAUGCCGAAUUUGGGAGAAAUGAAAAUUGAGAAAUUGGAGGAUUCGGGAGAUGAAAAGUCUGAAAAAGCGGAUUCUGACGAUGAGAAAGUGAAAAAAUCGGCGAAAAAACCGAAAAAAUUGGUUAAAAAGACUCCAAAACCAGCAAAAAAGUCUCCAGAAGUCUCGGACGAUGAUUCUAAGGAUUCUGAUGACGAAAAACCCGAAAAUUCCAGCAAAAACAGUCCAAAACCAGGAAAAAAGGCUCCAGAAGUGUCUGACGACGAUAAAAUUCAAUUAACCGCCGAAAAACUGAAUAAUGAGCUCGUCGGGCUCCGCCCUCUCAUCGUCAAAUCGAAGAAUCAGUUAAUGUCGAAAUUAGUGAGACAAAAGAAGGAAUUGGAGGAGAAAUUGAAAAAGAAUAAGGGCGGAGUCAAGGAAGACGUGGAGAAAAAGAUCCAACGACUCGUUGACGAGAUUUUGGGAUUGAAGACAAUCGACAAGGACACUAUUGCCAAAUUCGCUGCCCUCAACACAAAAACUCUGAAUCAAUUGAAAAUCAAUGGGAAGACAGCGGUCGCAGAGAGAUUGAUGUACAAAUUGGCAUGUCAAGAGGUUGUAACACAGAAAAUGGACAGUGUUAGAGAAAAAUACAUUGAAUGGAAUAAAACGGCGGCGUUCUUCAUGCAACGACUCGGACAACAAUACUCGAAUAAACCGGAGAAAAAGGAGAAGAAAGUGGAGACGAAGGAGGAUUCAGAUGAAGUCGUUGAGGAUUCAGAAGGUGACGACGAAGAAGAGGAAGAAGAAGAAGAUGACGAGGAGGAGAUUCCAGACGACUACGAUCAAUCUGACGUCGAAAUUGGGGAUUCAGAUGAGGAGGCGAUUGGGGACGAGGCGGCGAAGAAGAGGAGAAGUUUGCUCCUCGGACUGAUCGGUGUGAAAGAAGACGCGUCUCGUCCGGCUCUCCAACCGAAGAAACGGAAGUUAGUGGAGGAAGAUGACGAUGACGUGGCAACGUCUUCUGAAACUCUUCAGAAGAGACAGAAGACGAAGGAAGCGGUGAAACAAGAAAUGAAACAGAUUCUGGAGAAGGAGUUGAAGACGAAAGAGAUCGAAAAACCACUGAAAGUUGCAACGAAAAAAGGAAAGAAAACUCCAAAAUCUGCCAAGAAAGUUGUUGAAAGGACGGUGAAACCGAUGGAUUCUGAAUCUGAGCCGGUGCCGAAGGAUUCUGAAUCCGAGGAGCCAGAAGACGUCGAGGAGGAUUCUGAAACUCUUGUUAUGAAGAUCGACUUAUCUAAAGGUGGAAAGAUUGCAAAAACCACGAAAACCGCUACAGCUCCAGCCAAAGCCAAGGAUUCAGAAACCAAGGAUUCAGAGGAUUCAGAUUCAGAAGAGGAUGACGUCGCAUUCUUCCUCCCGAAGUCGUCGUUAACAGCACCGACUGGAAAGAGAUCGGCGAAGGUGAAGGCGAUUGAGAAGAUGGAAGAUGGAAGCAAGAGAGAGGAGAAAAAGAAGAAGAAUGAGAAGAAGAAACCCACUCCAACCACCUCCAUCACAUUAACCGAUAAGAAAAAGGGAUCGAGUAAGAAGAACACAUCCUCCUCUGCAGCAGCAAUCGGUGAAAUGCAUCCAUCAUGGAUCGCCAGUCAACUCAAGAAGAAGGAAGCAGCGGCGGCGAAACCGUGUGGAAAGAAGAUUGUUUUCAGUGAUGAGGAUGAUUAG